AUGGCGGGUGACAACGAGGAACACGAGGACGAGGACGAGCUCUCCCGCAUCCUCAACGAGACAACCACCGUCAUGGGAAACCACCUCUACCACGAAGCCGCCUCGCGGGGUAACUACGAGAUCAUCGACCUCCUCCUCGACCAACCCAACUUCGAAUGCGACCCCGUCAACCGCCUCGAGGGCGACACGCCCCUGCACACCGCCAUCCGCUGGAUUAACUCGGAACCCCCCGCCCAGCGCGAGUUCGGCAACGCCCUCGUCGACAUGAUGCUCGAGGCCGGCUCCAACCCGCGCGUCAAGAACAAGGGCGGCCUCACCGCCCUCCAGCUCGUCGACCCCCGCAACGCCGCCCUCCGCGACCUCAUCCAGAAGCACGAGUACGCCUCCCUCAACGCCGGCGACUUCAUCAACGUCGACUCCUCCGCCGCGGCCCCGAAGGGCAAGGCGCCCCCGGUGCCCAACCACACGGCGCCCCCGCCGGUGCAGGACGACGAGAGCGAUGACGACGCCGAGUUCAGCGGGAGCGACGACGAGGAGAGGGCCGAGUGGGAGCGCAGACGGAAGGAGAGGGCUGCCAGGAGGGGCUGA